CCUGAACAGAGGUCAGUGGAGGUACACCUACACUACGGGCACACAUGCAGACUGAAAUAACACUUCCAUUCCAAACAAAAGAUCAAAACUUCACAUCAAAAUGAAGAGCCUGGAUGAGGUUCCUGGGAGUGGAAUCAUCGUAGAGAACAACAACUUGGAUCAAGAAAAUCAAUCAGAAACAUCCCAUAAUAAGAGUCCGCUCCUUGCUGAUCCAUGGAAACCAUGCCAACGGUCCCGCGCAACUGCCAAAGAGUGGCUGUUGAAGCUGAGGUGUUGUCUGGGAGCAGUGUGUGGGAUAAAGUGGUAUGGCUACGCUGCUCUAGGUGUUUUGACUGCCAUCCUCAGCUUUCUGAUGGACCUCAGUGUGACAAAACUGCUGACAGCCCACCUGUGGCUUUAUAUGAAGCUGGAGGGCAACUGUUUGCUGCAGUUCUUCUGCUGGACUCUUUACCCAGCAUGCCUCUGUGCUGUAGCAUCGUCGUUUUCCCACAACAUCUGUCCCUUCUCCACAGGCUCGGGGAUACCUGAGGUGAGGACCAUGCUGGCUGGCUUUAAAAUGCCUCACUACUUGUCUCUCACUAACAUGUUUACCAAGUUCCUGGGCCUUAUCUGCACACUGGCAGCCGGCAGCACUGUUUUCCUGGGCAAAGUGGGUCCAUUUGUGCACAUCUCCACUAUGAUUGGAGCCUACCUGAGCAACCUCUGCAAUCUCAUACAAACAAAUGAGAAGGAAAAAGCUGGUGGAGAAAUGCUGGCUGCAGCUGCAGCAGUGGGUGUAGCCAGCUGCUUUGGAGCCCCCAUCAGCGGUGUGUUGUUCAGCGUUGAGGUGAUGUGUUCUCACUUCGCCCUGAGGCAUUACUACCCGUGUUUCUUCUCUGCCGCUUGCGGGGCGCUGACCUUCCGCCUGUUCUCCGUGUGGAGUGGAGAUGAUGAGACUCCUCAGGCAUUGUUUAAAACGAAUUUCCCCGCUGCUGUUCCUUUCUACCCGCUGGAAAUUCUGCUCUUUGCCUUUCUUGGGCUGCUAUGUGGAGCUGUGAGCUGCUGCUACCUCUCCUGCCAUCAGUGGAUGCUGCAAUUCACUAAAACAAACCCAAUCUUCAACAAGAUGAUGACAACAGAGAAGGGUCUUUACUCAGGCAUGGUGGCCUUCCUCCUGGCGUCUCUGACAUUACCCCACUCUGUUGGUCAAUACAUGGCUUCUAAGCACACCAUGAAGCAGCUCCUGACCUCCUUACUGGACAGCAGGCAGUGGAGCUCUCAAUCCCACAAUGCCUCUCUUCAGCUGGGGCCCGAGGCUUUGUUGGAUUGGAGCUCUUCAGGGAGUCCUGUCUUCUUACCUCUGGCUGUGUUUCUGCUAAUGAAGAUGUGGAUGUUGGUCCUUGCCUGCACCCUGCCUCUGCCAGCUGGAUACUUCAUGCCAGUGUUUGUCUACGGGGCAGCUUUGGGCCGUUUUCUUGGAGAAGGAGUAGCUUAUGUGUCUUCCACUGGACUGACUUCAGGCUUUCAGUGGGCUUCUAUAAAUCCUGGUGGCUACGCACUCGCUGGUGCAGCCGCUUUCUCCGGGGCCGUGACACACACCCUGUCCCCGGCUCUCCUGGCUGUAGAGUUAACCGGACAGUUCAGCCAUGCUGUCCCAAUCCUCAUUGCCACUGUGCUGGCCAACGCCCUGGCCCGCUCUGGGCACCGGCCAUCUUUCUAUGACGCACUUUCCAUCAGCAAGAGGCUCCCUCACCUGCCCUCCCUGAAAAAGGCAUUCCCCCGGCUUCCCUCCACACCAGUGGGACACGUUUUAGGAGCGAUAUCGGUGAAGCUUCAGAAAGCUGCUGGGCCGAUGGAAGUUAAGCUUGCUAUCAACACCACUACCGACACACAAAUCCCUGUGGUGGACUCGCAUGAGUCGCAGAUUAUUCUGGGAUUUGCUCUCCGUGCAGAGCUGCUGAUGUUCCUGCUUCACUGCCAGACCGAGACUCUGGAGAAACGUCUGGAUGAGGUCUGCUGCAUAUACCCAACCUCUGUUCUGUUAUCACCUCACAACACUGUUCAGGAGGCCCACAGUAUCCUAAGUCUGGUUGGAGCUCAGACCUUGUUUGUUGCAGACAGUGGAAGGCUGAUUGGGCUGAUCACUUGGCCAGAGAUGAAGAGAAUAUUAGAAGACUUGGCCAAAGAUAUCUAAGCGACACACAAGAAAUAAGCUCAUCCCUUGACCUUGUUCCAUUUCUGUCUUGAUUAGCUGCAAUAUAAACCUGGCUCUUAUGAGAAGACAUUUGUUACAGCUUUUCAUCUGGCAUUUUAUUAAAUUGCAGGAUCUCAUCUAACGAGGAGAUAGCACAACCUGCACUGUGUGGCACUGCGUAUUACUUUAUAGAAUUUACACCCGUAAGCUAAGAUACGCCUCGGGCAACACAGAUACACACAUAAACACAAAGACAAUUAACCAAGGUUAACCUAAACCCAGGGCUAUACAAUAAACACUGCAUUUUUCCUGGGUUUAAUGGCAGUUGUACCAUGUGAUCUUUUUUUAAAUUGUAGAAUUUUAAAGAACGUUACCUUCUGUACUUUAGCUUUGUGUCACAAUGGCAAUUUUAAGUCAGAUGAAUAUUUGGUUUCUAGGAAAAAACAACAUUAAUGUUUUAAAGUCAAGUCGACCCACUUUGGGAUUUGCCAGUGUGAGGCUUUCUAAGCCCAAGGAUAACAGCAUGCUAGUCUGGAGCUAAAUGCAGUGUGAAAAGCCUUAAUAUGUGGGAUUUAAAACAAAACACAAAAAACAUUUUUGUGCACCAAUUUACACAAUGUAACCUUCUAAAUUUAAGAUUCUUUUCCUCCUUCAUUUAGCACUUGGGUUCUGUUUAUUGCAGUUAUGGUUAAACCAUACACUCCAGCACGUGCACUUCGCUCUGCAUCGGCCAAUCGCCUAGCUGCUCCCUCACUGCAGGGGGACACAGGAAAGCCUUAACAAAAACGUGCCUGUUUUUUUAUCCUGGCUUCAAAAUAGUUGAAAAAAAAUCUCUCUUCUGUAUAUUUAUCUAUAAGAAAUGUAACAACUUUAUAAAUCAUAUUGCCUGGCAACGACAACGUUGAAAGUGUUAUCAUCAUACUGGGAUGCAGGCAUUUAAUGCAAACUCCAUUAAAAUACUUCACCAUAACAUUUCUCCAGAACGUUUUUGAGUCCCAAGUUAAAGCUGCCAUGUGUUGAUCUUAAAAUGUCUAGAUCUGGAGCCCCCUAGUGGCAGCAUCAUAAAGGCUCCCUGUGGAAUUGUGUAUCCCCCCUUACCCCAAAAAAGAAAAAACAUGACCUUGAAAUG